AUCUCUCACCACCAUCCAGUCACUUAGGCAGCUCACAAUCGAGUGUCACAUUCAUUUGUUACGCAUGCACGCACUGGCCAAAAUAAUAAGGUACACCUCACUACUGAGAUCCACUGUGGAAUGUAUUUCAAAUAUGCCUUUACCAAGUUUGUUAUUGUGCAAGAAUUCGUUAAAAUAAAAAGCAGGUGCACAAUUAUUUAACAGAUUCCAUAUCAUAAAGUUGUUUUGUUUGGUAUGAUUGUUAAGUUCUCUUUUAGGUGGGCGAUCGUUGUAAAUGUAGUCAACACUGCCCUCUUGCGUACAUUUUAUGAACUUGCACGGUGUCUUUCGUGACCUCAAAGAUGUUAUGAAAAACGGAAGAGCACCACCUCUCACUAAUUGUUGGCAUAGUGUUAAAACAAUUUAAACACGAUGUUAUAGCAGUGUAUUUUAAUUUUCACCUUGUUUUGAAGGCGUAUGAGAUUAUAAUGAAAAAAAGAUUAAAUUUAAAUAGCUUCCAACUGUAUAACAAUUUCUUUCUGUAUAUCCCUUUGUCAUGGGAGUGUUUUAAACAGUCGUUAAUGUUAUGAAGUUUUCCAAUUAUAGUCAUCCCUUGUUUAUCACAAGGUACGUUCUAGAACACACGGUAUACAAAAAUAUAUAUAUAUUUUUUUAAUCUACGGUAUAAGUAGAUUUCAUUUUGAUGUAGCUUGUAAAAUACAAAUAUUUGCAGAUUUACCCUUCCAAUCUGUAGGCACCUAUUAUGAGACAUCACAUUAGAGUAAAUGAUCACGUUGGAACAUUCAUUUACUGAAGAACACAAUGAAAAUGAUAGACAGCUAGGUCUUUAUUGAACACACAUGACAACCAUGAAAGGAGUGUUAUCAACGCGUCCCUUGAAAAUCAAUAUGCAGGUUUGGCCAACAAAUGGAGCUCUUUUGAAGAAUGUCAAAUGGUUCAAAGCAGUGGUGUCUCAAAGUGAUGCAUUGCUUCAGAAAGAUUGGGUUUAUCCAUCCUUAGCGCUUAUUGAAAUUAAUAAUAAGAACAAUAAAAUGAGAGCCAUGAAAAAAAUUUAAAAUGUUGAUAGCUAUGUAAAAUUGGAUAGUUUGAAAUCCGCAAUACAAUAAAACCGCAAAAAGCAAACCGCGAGGAGGACUGUAUACAAUCUGACGGGGAUGUCGUGGCCUCGCUUGCAGAGUGAGUCACGACACCUCAAUAUUCGAUCUUUGGCGACUUUUCACUUCCUGGUUGGCUCGCGCGUCACGUUGCCGGGCAGAACCGAGUGGAGCCGAGCCAUUUCGGAAUUGUGGAGCGCGACCACCCGCACCCUUCCCCCGCCUUGUUCUCAACCCCCGGAUCGUCGGUUCUGUCCGCCUCCUUCUCCUCCUCCUCCUCCCCCUUUUGCCCAGCUACGUGAUCAACCAGGAGUCCCCGGCAGCGGCACGGCGCAACAACACACUGACAGCUGCGAUUGACUCACAACCGAAGAGGGGGGCAAAGAUGGAGCACAGAGACGCCGACUUCAACAUCCUGCUCGCGACCGAUUCCUACAAGGUAACGCAUUACAAACAGUACCCCCCAAACACGAGUAAAGUCUACUCCUACUUCGAAUGUCGUGAGAAGAGGACAGAUCCCACCAAAAGCAGAAAAGUCAAAUACGACAAAACCGUCUUCUACGGCCUGCAGUACAUCCUCCACAAAUACCUCAAAGGAAAGGUAGUCACUCCUGAGAAGAUCCAGGAGGCCAAGGAGGUGUACCGGGAACACUUCCAGGAUGAUGUUUUUAACGAGAAAGGGUGGACGUACAUUUUGGAGAAAUACAACGGCCACCUGCCUAUAGAAAUCAAGGCGGUACCGGAGGGGAGCGUCAUCCCCCGCGGCAACGUGUUGUUCACCGUGGAGAGCACGGAUCCCGAAUGCUACUGGCUCACCAACUGGGUGGAGACCAUCCUGGUGCAGAUCUGGUACCCCAUCACCGUAGCGACCAACUCCAGGGAACAGAAAAAGAUCCUGGCCAGGUAUCUCCUGGACACGUCGGGGAACUUGCAGGGUCUCGAGUACAAACUGCACGACUUCGGCUACCGGGGCGUUUCCUCGCAAGAGACCGCGGGCAUCGGCGCCUCUGCUCACUUGGUCAACUUUAAGGGCACGGAUACAGUCGCUGGCAUCUGUGUGAUCAAGAAGUACUAUGGCACCAAGGACCCAGUCCCAGGGUUCUCUGUACCUGCUGCGGAACACAGCACCAUCACAGCAUGGGGCAAGGACCACGAGAAGGACGCCUUCGAGCACAUCAUCAAGCAGUUCCCCGGCGUGCCCGUCUCCAUCGUCAGCGACAGCUACGACAUCUACAACGCCUGCGAGAAGAUCUGGGGCGAGGACCUCCGCGGGCUCAUCGAGUCACGCAGCGCCGACGCGCCGCUCGUCGUGCGGCCAGACUCGGGGAACCCCCUCGAUACAGUGUUAAAGGUUUUGGAGAUCCUGGGUAAGAAGUUCCCGCCAGAGGAGAACUCCAAAGGAUUCAUGGUGCUGCCUCCUUAUAUCCGAGUCAUCCAAGGAGACGGAGUGGACAUUAACACUCUACAGGAGAUUGUGGAGGGGAUGAAACAGCAUCGGUGGUCCAUUGAGAACGUUUCCUUCGGCUCUGGGGGGGCUCUGCUCCAGAAACUAACCAGAGAUCUGCUCAACUGUUCCUUCAAAUGCAGCUACGUGGUCACAAACGGACUUGGGGUGAACGUGUUCAAGGAUCCCGUAGCAGACCCCAACAAGAGGUCAAAGAAAGGACGCCUGUCUCUGCACCGGACUCAAAGCGGGGAGUUUGUCACCCUGGAAGAGGGCAAAGGUGACCUGGAGGAGUACGGAGUGGACCUGUUGCACACGGUCUUCCAGAACGGCAAGAUUGUGCAGACGUACACGUUUGACCAAGUCAGAGACAAUGCCAAGCUCAAGGAGAGCGAGCUUGACUAGCUACCGCCACUAGUCCGCCAUUCAUUAAUACCGCCCCCCAAUUCCUUCUCGAACCCCUCUUCCUCAGCCUCUGACAUCACACACCCUAAAAUAAACCGAGGCCUUGUGCACUGAUGAUAUAUCCUGCCCGGAAGUCCCCUAAAACUGUGACUUCCAUUAAAAAAAAAUAAUAAUAAAUCACAAGAACUCCACAGAGCUCACUCACUUCUGAGGAUGACAAAUGAUAUAUAAAAAAAUAUGAAGAAAUGUGUACGAAGUGCGGCAAGCCAAUGGAAGGAUGGAUGUUCUCCGAGCUGCUGCCACGCCCUCUGAACGAACCGGACGACGUGAUCGGCUGCUCUGUUUCACCACACGCCCUCUGUAAUCUACCUGGCUUCGUCUUUUAUGUGAAGGCAUUUAAAUAUAUUUAAAUAGCAGUGCGGUUUUACUUUCAGCCAAAAUGUAAAAGAAAAGGCCCAAAUCUUUCAAGUGCUGCCUGAAUGUUUUGCGCUAAAGUCAUUGGUGCAUUUCUGCAAGGUUUCGAAAUCUCCCUCAAAGAGCAUUCCCAUCAUCAAGAGGCCAUCAAAAUCUUCCAUUUUGUCAAGUUGAUACAUCACAUAAAAUGUCUUGACUGGAAUGAAGAGGAUUGAAGGACAUGAAUCACUUCCUGACUGUGUGUGUUAGGUGUCGCUUCUGAUGUGUGAGUCUUAACAUCUAUAUGUGGUAUUCCUUUAUGCAAAUCAUAAUUCUGGGAUUUUUUAUUUGUUUUCACUAGCAAGGUAUUUAUUGUGGAGGAGGGGGAAGCUGGGAGAGUCCAGUUGAAUAUUUCUUCGACAACCGCAUCGGUUUCCAUCAGUAUCGCUGCCUUUAAUGUGGUGUGUCUCCUCGGAUCAACCGAUUUAAGAAUAUGGGCGCUACGAGAUGGUCACAUCACAGGUAUCUUAACUUCCCAGCAAGAAUAUCCAAUCAACACCGAGCUCCUCUUAAGCUGUUUGAGUAUUUAUUUCAUAUGCUUGAUGUCCAUGUACUACGACACUCUUUGUCCUCACUGCUAAGACAAUUCAGCCCACUAUUCGAAUGACUGUCUUACUCUUAACACUUUUUCCACUACUCUAUAAAAUUUCUGCACACACGUAGGACAACUGUAUGUUACUACUAAAGUAAAACGGUGCACUAGUUGACAUCUGUGAGCUGCUGGUACUACUAGGGAAGUGCUAACUUGUAGACUUAUGUCACUGGUAGUCCGAGUACUUGUCAACGAAUGUACCGUGUUGCUUCAUGAGUAACGUAGUUGUCCCACUAGUAAGGACAAAAAGUGAACUUGUCCCUGGACCUUAAGAUAUCGCAUAAAUGCUGAAGCAGCUUUAUGGAAAGCCGUAGUGCACUGGUAGAAUGAGUCUUACUGCUUCCUUUUACAUUAAGUCUUACUGCUUCCUUUUACAUUAUAUAACAUUUCUGCAAUGUUAGUAUACUAGCAGGAUGACUACAUAUUUGUCGUGAGGCAAAACUACUAGUGGACAUGCCUACGAGUUGGUUCUAGUAGUUACUAGUGUAGCACAGUAUUUUACUAGUAAGGUUUAAUUGCAUACUAGUCGGGAAAAUGUGGCUCAGUAGUGGAAAAACGUUUCUAACAGUUCUUUCUAUUAGUGCACUGAAUUGUCUCAGUCGUAAAGGACAAUGAGUGUAAUUGAAGAUUGAUGUUAAGCAGGAUAUCAAAGAUUGUCAUAGCCUUACUAUGGCAACGCUGUUAUUGUGAACAAUCGCGACAGCUAUUUGUGGAGAUUUCUUUAGAUCAAUUGUACAAAAAAAUGCACAGUAUUACAUUUAAACUGGAGUAAUCCAAACCACCAAAUAGUAGAAUAACUAAUCUAAAAAUAUUUUUUUUGCUUGGAUUUUUAAGAAUAUGUUUUAAAUGUUUUUUUUCUAAAUGCCACUAUUUUCCUUCCUUUUUUUUUUUUUUUUUUUUUUUUUUUUUGCGCAAACUUCUGCUAAAUUCUCUUUGUUUCCGUAAUCCAGAGCUCCCUCUGCUGCACAAAUCCAUGUUAUUUCAAAAAUGGUGGUCCAUCAUGUGCAUUAGCGUGGCUGUAGACCUGUGAUGUCACCCACUUCGAUCCCCUCACACCAUCACACUCGAUUAACAGCGAGCUGAUAAAACUGCACAGCCACCUGUAACGCGCUGAAGUAGGUCACACUUCUUUUAUAUAAUUUGCCUGCCCCUUUGUUUGAUUUUACAACUGCUGUUAAAACUCACCUCCCAGUUUGCUGUUCCCUUUUUUUUUUUUUUUUUUACACAACUAGAGGGUGCUUUUUUUUUUUUUUUUAAGGACUUAAUGUUGAUUUCACUGUUCUUACCUCAGAUGAAUAUUGUAUAUUGCAGUAAAUAUCCUUAUUUACAAACGGCCUGGCCAUGUACUGCCUUUCUCUACUGUACAUACAACUAGUUUGGUUGAAAUCAGACCGUGGGGGGGUGGAAGCGGGUCCGAGAGACCACCACACUAGAUGAUGAUAUUUUUGUUAGGAAGACCUUUUUUGUACCAACACAAAAUAUCCAACCUGCUCGACUGUUUGGACGUGUGUGCGUGUGUGUUAUGAAUGAUCAAGUGUUUGUGAAUUAUGUCUUUCCUUGUGUUGUUGACUUCCUCGCGUGUAUAUGUUGGUUGUCCCGAUUCUCACCAACACUUUUAAACUCACCCACAUAGCUACCUUUGUCGACGACACAACAAUUAAACACCCCACCUGUCUGUUUGA